GGCAAUGGCGGCGUUUUCGUUUGUGUGACGAACGUGAUUUUAUUUGUGCUAUUUAUCACAUUUUCUUCAACUCAGUAAUUGACAACAUAUUUUUAAUAUACUAAUUUUUAAAAUGGCUUCAGCACUUGAGAGUUACAUAAACAAAACAGUUUCUGUGGUUACAGCAGAUGGUCGUAUCAUAGUGGGGACGCUCAAGGGCUUUGACCAGACAAUCAACCUGAUUUUGGAUGAGAGUCAUGAACGUGUGUUCAGUCUGACUCAGGGCAUGGAGCAAGUUGUACUGGGACUGUACAUUGUCAGGGGAGAUAAUGUGGCAAUUAUUGGUGAAAUCGACGAUGAUACAGAUUCUUCCAUGGAUUUUAAUAACAUCAAAGCAGAACCACUGAACUCAGUAGUUCACUGAGACACCACUCACAGACUUACAUCUUUGGUUGAAAGGCAAAAAACUUGGUGCAGCUGGUUCUUUUGGAAGGGAUUGGGUUAAAUUUGCAUAUAUACAAUGUUUUCUAUGUCCUUAUUAUUAGGGUUUUUUAUACGCCCAUCUAUGGGUCGUAUUAUGGUAUGGUAUUGUACGUCCGUCCAUCCAUCUGUUCGUAUGUCCGUUCAUAAUUCCACCUGUUAACUUUUUCUUGUCCGGACCAUAUUUUGCAUACAGGACCAUCAAACAUCACGUGUAGGAACAACUUGGGAUGGCGUUUGUCGCAUGCUGUUGCUAGGUCACUGUGACCUACUUUUCAUGGU